AUGGGGCAGGGGCUAUCCGGCGCGAAAACCAAAAUCGCCGGCGUUCUCGGCGGCUCUGAAACCACUGGUGCGGCCGCUUCAGGUGGCAGCAAAGAGCCGGUUGAAGGCCAGUACACCGUGCAAGAGGCUUUGAAGCUGCAGCAGGCUCUCAAGGCUGCAUUCGCAGAGGAUCAGUUCCAGAAGCUUCUGAAGCUGGCGCAGGACCGGCACCCAAAGCGGGGACAACGAGGGCACUCGGACCAAGCUGCAUUCACUUUGCAGCUGCAGAGUCUGCUGCUCCAUGUGUACCGCACAGUGCUGCCGCAGUCGCCUUGGUGCCUCCAGCCGGGCUGGGAGGGCUACCGGGAAAUGAUGCUGCGAAUGACUGUGGCAAUGGAGGACCCACGGGUAAUCCAGGCGAGAGAAGACAUCAACAGGUUACUCGGCCUACCCAGGCACACGGUCAUUCAGCCGCCCGCUGCCGAGCCAGUUUUUAUCGAGACUCCAGAUGGGUCUGGCCGCUACCAGGGCUUGCUUGGAGCCCCAAUGAAGCAGGAUGCAGAUGGGGAUUAUGCCCAUGAGUUCUGGGAGGAAAACAAGGAAGGGCAUUUGGUGCUCGUCGCUCCGAACAUCGCAGCUGGAGGCUAA